CUUGACCUGAUCUACAAUGGAAAAACUGCUUUUGUUUCUGCUGUUCAUUGGCAUAGCAGUGAGAGCCCAGAUCUGCCCCAAGCGCUGUGUCUGUCAGAUUUUGUCUCCAAAUCUUGCAACCCUUUGUGCCAAGAAAGGGCUCUUGUUUGUUCCACCCAACAUUGACAGGAGGACUGUGGAAUUACGGCUGGCAGACAACUUUGUUACAAACAUUAAAAGGAAAGACUUUGCCAAUAUGACCAGCCUUGUGGACCUGACGUUGUCCAGGAAUACAAUAAGUUUUAUUACACCUCAUGCRUUUGCUGACUUGCGCAAUUUGCGGGCUUUGCAUUUGAACAGCAACCGAUUGACUAAGAUCACCAAUGACAUGUUUAGUGGACUCUCCAACCUUCACCACUUGAUACUUAACAACAACCAGCUGACUUUGAUUUCUUCCACAGCUUUCGAUGAUGUUUUAGCUCUUGAGGAAUUGGAUUUGUCUUAUAACAAUUUAGAAACCAUCCCUUGGGAUGCUGUGGAGAAGAUGGUUAGUUUGCACACUCUCAGUCUAGACCACAAUAUGAUUGACCAUAUUCCUAAGGGGACCUUCUCCCACCUCCACAAGAUGACUAGGUUAGAUGUCACGUCUAACAAACUGCAGAAGCUACCACCUGAUCCUCUCUUUCAGCGAGCUCAGGUACUAGCAACCUCAGGAAUUAUCAGCCCCUCUACUUUUGCGUUAAGCUUUGGUGGAAACCCUUUGCAUUGCAACUGUGAGCUUCUGUGGCUGAGGCGGCUUUCCAGAGAGGACGACCUGGAGACCUGUGCUUCUCCUCCGCUCUUGUCGGGGCGGUACUUCUGGUCAAUCCCAGAGGAGGAGUUCCUCUGCGAGCCUCCCCUCAUCACGAGGCACACGCAUGAGCUGAGGGUCCUGGAGGGCCAAAGGGCCACGCUGCGGUGCAAGGCCCGGGGGGAUCCGGAACCAGCAAUUCACUGGAUUUCACCCGAGGGCAAGCUGAUCUCAAAUGCAACGAGGUCUUUGGUGUACGAUAAUGGGACGCUGGACAUCCUUAUAACUACAGUAAAGGAUACAGGUUCCUUCACCUGCAUUGCUUCCAAUCCAGCCGGGGAAGCCACGCAAACGGUGGACCUGCAUAUAAUCAAACUUCCCCAUUUGCUGAAUAGUACCAACCACAUCCACGAGCCUGACCCGGGCUCCUCAGAUAUCUCGACUUCCACCAAGUCAGGCUCCAACGCGAGCAGUAGUAACGGGGAUACUAAAAUCAGCCAAGAUAAGAAGGUAGUAGUGGCGGAGGCAACGUCGUCCACUGUGCUGCUGAAAUUCAAUUUUCAGAGAAAUAUCCCUGGAAUACGCAUGUUCCAAAUCCAGUACAACGGUACUUACGAUGACUCGCUUGUUUACAGAAUGAUACCUCCCACGAGCAAAACCUUCUUGGUCAACAACCUGGCGGCGGGGACGGCGUACGACCUGUGCGUCCUGGCCAUCUACGACGACGGGAUCACCUCGCUGACAGCCACGCGGGUGGUGGGCUGCACGCAGUUUACCACCGAGCAGGACUACGUGCGCUGCCACUUCAUGCAGUCCCAGUUCCUGGGUGGCACCAUGAUCAUCAUCAUCGGGGGGAUCAUCGUGGCCUCCGUGCUCGUGUUCAUCAUCAUCCUCAUGAUCCGCUACAAGGUGUGCAGCAGCAACGGGCAGCAGAAGGCGGCCAAGGUGAGCAACGUCUACUCGCAGACCAACGGGGCGCAGGGCUGCAGCGCGGGGCUGCCGCCGUCGGCCUCCAAGGCGGCGGUGGCCCCGGACUCCUGCCCCGCCGCCACGCCGCCGCCGCGGAAGCUGCCGGCYGAAGCCGUCGCCAGCGUGGAGCCGCACAACGCCAACAGGAACAACUCGGCGGCGCYGCCGGCCACUGCCGCUGCCGCCGCGCGCGGGAGAGCGGCGCCCAGGCCAAGUAAGUUCCUCACGCUGCCGGCCGCCGGCUGCCGAGCGAAGCGGCGGCUCUCCCUGAGCGCUGAGCUGCCCGAGCGCCGCCGCCGCUGCGCCGCGGGGCUGCGGUCCAAGAGGAGCCUCUCCAUGAACGGCAUGCUCACCGGCCCCGAGAGCCCCGGCCUGGGCGCCGCAGCCGCCGCCUCCGGCUCCGAGUGGAUAUUGGAAAGCACUGUGUGACCGACCUGCUUUUGUUUCUUUCUUUUUUAUUUCUUUUAUUUCAUUGUUAGUAUUUUUAUUUAUUUUCUGUCUUAACGCGAAACCAAGCUCCCGGCGUCGUGCCAAACACCCCCUCCCGGGACCGGGCACCCGGGGUGCCGCUGCUGCCUCACCACGAGCGGCUUGUCCGUGCGGUGCCUGUGAGAGCCCCGGGCACGCGGGCUCCCGCAUAGUCCCCACUCCAGUUGGGUUACUAACAAAACUGGAGGCGACAUUCACAGAUUUAAAAAAAUAAUAAUAAAAAAAAAUUAAGGGGUGAAAAAGCAUGAACGAGCACCAGUGCCUUCCCUGCCCUAGGACUGGCUUCCUGGCUCUGCCGUAGCAGAAAACAAAAGAGAGUUUUCACAGAGAAAAGCCUUUUAUAAAGGAAGGGAGAUUUCCUCCGUGCUAACAAGUACCCACUUCUGGAUUGAGCAGUAGAGCGGUGAUUUUUAAACCCACCGGACUGUCCGUUUCUCUCCAGUGACAAUGGUGUUGCCUUUGUUUUUAGGCAAAUGCUGUACAGAAACAACAACGCCGUGUUGUUACGUUGUGUAAAAUAAAACAUUCCCUGGGUACGCAGCCCGUGUCGCCGUGACUGCCGGCACGCACGGUGC